AUACACUACCGAUGCCAAGGAUUCGAGUAAUUACACAAUGAGCUUGCCAUAAGUCAUGGCCACCGGAGAUCUUCUCAGAGAGGCAUGACGGGACGUGUAGUCAAAUCCAAUGAAAACAGUGUUACGAAAGCUGUCACCAGCGUGCUCAUGUAAGUGGUUGUGUAAAGCGGAGAAGGUUACGUGAGCGGCUGUUUUCUGUUUGCUUCCUUGUCUUUCUUCCAUUAAAAUGAGCUUCCACGACUGACUGCAGCCAAAAAGGCCGGUCUGAAGGCUUCCGUCGUGUAUGCUGCUCCGUGUGUGGAAAAGAUCUCAUCUUCUCACCGCACCGAUAACAGCCCCGAGGCUCGCGCGACUCCCCAGUCAGGCUCGCAGACCGACGCUCUUCUUCUCUUCAUUCGGCGGAGCCACCAUGUCGGAGAAAAAACGCAAGGCGCCGACUGCCGCGGGAGGCAAGGAGCCCAGCGCCAAGCAGCCGAAGCUGGAGAAGGCGGAGAAAGCCGCGGGCUGGCUGCAGAGCCUGGUGAAGCAGCAGAGGGAGGACAAGAAGGACAGUAAGUUCAACGAGAAGCGCCAGCGGUUUCUCACCGACACGAAGAAGAUCAAGCAGGGCUCGGAGGGGGUGCUGUACUGGAUGCAGAGAGACCAGAGGGUGCAAGAUAACUGGGCCUUGAUCCGUGCGCAGCAGCUGGCUGCAAAGGAAGAGCUCCCCCUGCAUGUGUGUUUCUGUCUGGUGGUCCCGAAAUCGGAGCUGUCCACACUGAGACAUUACGCUUUUCUGCUGAAGGGACUGCAAGAAGUCGCAAAGGACUGCAAGCAGCUGAACAUCCAGUUCCACCUGCUGCGCGGGGCUCCGGGAGAAGUGCUGCCCGGCUUCGUGUCAGAUCGCGCUUUGGGAGCCGUGGUGACCGACUUCUCCCCGCUCAGAGAGCCUCAGCAGUGGCUGAACGACGUCAAAAAGAAGCUUUCCAAGGACAUCCCCCUCAUACAGGUUGAUGCCCAUAAUAUUGUUCCCUGCUGGGUAGCUUCACCCAAGCUGGAGUACUCUGCCAGAACCAUCAGAGGAAAAAUCACCAACCUUCUGCCUGAGUUCCUCACUGAUUUUCCUCCUGUAGAGAAACACCAACACGCUGCCACGAGAACAGCCAAACCUGUAGACUGGGACCAGACCCUGGCCUCCCUGGACGUUGACAGGACAGUAGGGGAGCCUCAGUGGGCCAAGCCCGGCUCAGAAGCCGGCAUGGCCAUGCUGGAGUCCUUCAUCGAUGUCCGCCUGAAGCUGUUCGCCACCCAGCGCAACGACCCCAACAUGGCCGCCCUCAGCCAGCUCUCCCCGUGGAUCCGCUUCGGCCAGCUUUCAGCCCAGCGUGUGGCGCUGCAGGUCCGGCGCUGCGGGAAAAACGCCAGCGAGUCUGUGGCCGCCUUCAUCGAGGAGCUGGUGGUGCGCCGGGAGCUGACCGACAACUUCUGCUUCUACAACGAGAAAUACGACAAAGUGGAAGGUGCUUAUGAGUGGGCCCAGAAGACCCUGAAGGACCAUGCCAAAGACAAGAGGGAGUUCAUUUACACCCAGGAGCAGCUGGAGAAAGCACAAACACACGACAAGCUGUGGAACGGAGCUCAGUACCAGAUGGUAGUGGAGGGGAAGAUGCACGGCUUCUUGAGGAUGUACUGGGCCAAGAAAAUCCUGGAGUGGACCCGCUCGCCAGAGGAGGCGCUCUCCACCGCGCUGUACCUGAACGACCGCUACGAGCUGGACGGUCAGGACCCCAACGGCUUCGUCGGUUGCAUGUGGUCCAUCUGCGGCAUCCACGACCAGGGCUGGGCGGAGAGGCCGGUCUUCGGGAAGAUCCGCUACAUGAACUACAAAGGCUGCCUCCGGAAAUUCAAAGUAGCUCAGUUUGAGAGGAAGUACUGUCCCAAAAAGGCCUGAAGCAUGGUGCGCUUGAAAGAAUGUAGAGGAAAUGUUUGAUAAGCUCCAUCUCUUACAUUUUCCCUCAGGGAGCGUUUUUUAAUGUAUUUUUAUGCCGUGGAUGUUUAUUCUCGUCUCUGAAGACAUCCAAUAUGUUAUGUUGGGCCUUUAUUUCCUUUAUUUUCUUUUAAACGCCACCAGCUGAUACAAACUGUUUUGCAGGAUGUUUUUUUUUUAUAUAUACGUAUUAAUUUUAUAUGUUUUAGAAACCUGUUUCUGCAUUGUUUUGAUGCCCAUGCCUUUGGAGUCACUGUUACAGCUCUCCUGUGUCUCUUUUUUUAAUCUAUAUUUCUUGGCCUGUGUGAUUCUGUUUGCCAUAAACAGAUCAACUACAGAGAGAAGUUUGUGUUUAUGUGUUAAUUUCUCUAUUCUUACUGUAAUUAAUCAAGAACUGCAACAUCAUAGAUUCUUAGUUGAGAGUUUAUUCCCAACCAAGUUAAUUCUUCUAGUACUUAAACUCAAAUUGAAAAAUACUGUUUUGAUCCCAAAGGGAAAUUAGACACUGUGGUAACUCCUAUUAAUUAAAAAUUAUUCAGUUACAGUAGAUGAUGAUGGCUG